GUUUUCCCUUACACUUACAGUUUUAAUGAAAAGGUGCUAUGAACUUUAAAUGACUGUUUGUUCCAGCGUAACAUCUUUAUUUAUAUCACAAUGACGAAGGACCGUCUUGCUGCCCUCAAAGCAGCCCAAGGAGAUGAUGAUGUGGUUGUCUCUUUGGAAGAAAGCACUGGUGUGAAACACAUGGAAGAGUUCUUCCAGGAGGUUGAAGAAAUCAGAGAAAAUGUGGAAAAGAUUCAAGCCAAUGUGGAAGAAGUCAAGAAAAAACACAGUGCUAUUCUUUCAGCACCACAAACUGAUGAAAAAGUGAAGCAAGAGCUGGAAGACCUAAUGGCUGAUAUCAAGAAAUCUGCAAACAAAGUGCGAACCAAAUUAAAAGUGAUGGAGCAGAAUGUAGAACAGUUGGAACAAACCAGCAUGAUGUCAGCAGACUUCCGCAUUAGAAAAACACAGCACUCGAUGCUGUCUCAGAAAUUUGUGGUAAUGACGGAUUACAAUAAAACUCAGACUGAUUACAGAGAAAGGUGUAAGGGACGAAUUCAAAGACAGUUAGAGAUCACGGGUAAAGUAACAACAAAUGAUGAAUUAGAAGAAAUGUUGGAGAGUGGAAACCCUGCUAUUUUUACACAAGGGAUCAUUAUGGAAACACAGCAAGCCAAGCAAACCUUGGCAGAUAUUGAAGCUCGUCACAACGACAUAAUCAAGUUAGAGAAUAGCAUUCGAGAGCUUCAUGAUAUGUUCAUGGACAUGGCGAUGUUGGUUGAAAGUCAGGGGGAAAUGAUUGAUAGAAUUGAAUAUCAAGUGGAACAUGCAAAGGAUUACAUAGAAGCUGCUAAACAGGAUACAAAGAAGGCAUUGGUAUAUCAAAGCAAAGCAAGAAGGAAACAAAUCAUUAUCAUUAUCCUGGUACUAGUUGUGGUUGGAGUUCUAACUUUAAUUAUUCUUGGCUCCACUGGUAUUAUCUGAUACAGUUUUACAUUGAAUUGGAGGAGACUGCAACCCUAAGUGACCUUUGACCAAAGCAUUUAUACCGGUAUUUGUUUGAAUGUGGAAAGACUUUAUACAUGGGAUCUUCUAAUGUAUGUAGAUAUGAUUUUUGUAUGAGGACUCC